CUCUGAGCAGGAAGUAGAAAAUAUUUACCAUGUGUAGGCGUGAAGGGUGAACUUGAAGUAUCAGACCAUGCAGGCUGCCCUGGAGAUCACGGCUAAAUAUUGCCGAAAUGAAAUGGAGGAGUAUGGCCAGUGUGUUACCAGCAAACCAGGAACAUGGCAGCAGGAUUGCCACAUGCUUAAGGUUAAAGUGGCCAAGUGUACAUCAUCGCACCCAGUUAUUCAGAGAAUCCGUACAGAGUGUUCUGAACCAUUUGUUGCUUUUGAGCAGUGUCUAAAGAAGAACCAGACAUCUGUAGAAAACUGCACCACGCAUGUGACGGAAUUCUUGCGGUGUGCAGAGAGUGUCAAAGUCACUGAAUAGGCCUAUUUGCAUGGGCACAAGAUAAGGAUUUAAGGUUUCCUUGAAUAUUGGCUAUGAUGCCUCCAUGUUUGGGCUGGGAGCUGUGCUAAGUCAAAUGGGGGACAACGGAAUGGAGCAUCCAGUGGCAUAUCUCAGCUGGAAACUAUUACACAGGGAGGUCAGCUAUGCCACCGUGGAGUAGGAAUGCCUGGCUCUUGUGGGCAUUGAAGAAGCUACAGCCCUACCUCUACGGUGGUCCCUUCACCUUGAUGACAGACCACAGCCCCCUCAUCUGGCUGAACUGUGUUGCUGGGGAUAAACCCUGCUGGUUGCACUGGAGCCUGGCCCUACAACCCUACAGCUUCACCAUGCAGUACAGGCCAGGUAAACAUAACGGCAACGCCAAUGGGUUAUCCCGUCAGACAGAGUUGGAAUCCUGAUUGCUUCCCCGGACAUUCCCAAGCCAACCCGUCGGGGUCUAGGCUGGUAUGCCGCACCAUGGAACUAAGGGGGAGAAAUGUGAGGAAACUACAUCCCUGGUGCCUGUGGCAGAACCCCUCUUCAUUCAUUUAUGUGUUUUCCCCUUUGUAUUAUUGUGCUUCCCCUAGCUUUUUGCAUAUUAUGCCCUGUUCCUCAUUCUGGAGCGUUCAUAUGAACAGAAGCCCUUCGUCUCCCGAACGGGGACCACCCCAAUGCCCCAUUAGAAUGUUCACACCAAUUGAUCAGAACGUUCGCACCUGCAACAUAAGUGCGAAACCACAAGGGAAGUAAUUAAUGAGUGCGAAAAGGAGACGCUUCCCUUACCCGUGGAUUGCACAGGAGCCGCACGAACGGAGACCAGACGGGAAAUGCACGGUGUGGGGGUUCUGGAGGUUGGUGGGGACACUUUUGGGGCACUAGCUAGUUUGGCGGGCUUUCUGUGCCUGGGGGACAAAGAGACUGGGUCCCUUUUCUCGGCCCAGGCUCCCAGGUGCAGAGGAUCCUGGGAUGAAGACCCCUGUCGUUGGGUGUGGGAGACCCCCUUAGUAUGUGGGGGCAGACUUUCUGUACCUGGGAGACAAAGAGACUAGGUCCCGUUUCCCGCGCGUGGCCUCACAGAUACAGAGGAUCCUAGGUAGUAACCCCUGGUUAGUUGGGUGGAAGACCCAUUGCAUGGGGUUAUGCAUAAAAGUUGU